UACACUCAGAGUAACGGGAUAAAGAAAAGACUACGCGAAGCCUACCAUACCAAGUAGCUCUGGUCGCGCAUCCCUAUCCAUGCUCGUCCCGCCAGUAUGAUACGCCUAGCAAAUGACGUGGAACCUUGGAGUCUCUCUCAUGCGAUACCAUUAUCUCGCCGAUUGCACCAACCUCAGGCAAGCCCAGCUUGUCCGAGGCCACCGUUGAUCGAAAUGGGCCUUCUCAACAAGUAUAUCAGCCUCCACGUUCCCGUGGGGUGCUCUUCUGCUAGCUAUCUCUCCCUCACUUUUUCCCGCUUCAUUGCCACCAUCCCCCAUACUUUCAAAUCUUUCUCGUAAUGGCUCCCUCAGCUCUCGCAGAUAUCUAUCCAAUCCCAGCGAGGCACUACUCUAAGUCAUCGACUGUAGUAGCUUCGGUCCUACACGGGCCAAGGGAUUUGCGGCUGGAAACUCGAACCAUUACUGACCCUGCCGCCAAUGAACUCCAGAUCGCUAUCAAGGCUACUGGGUUGUGCGGGAGCGAUUGUUCCUACUACAGCAAGUUCUGCAACGGGGACCUGCAGGCUUGUGAGCCGCUAUCCUUGGGCCACGAGUCUGCCGGAAUUGUGGUCGCCAUAGGCCAGAGUGUCACCGGUUACCAGAUUGGCGACCGCGUUGCUCUGGAGGUAGGUGUGCCGUGCGACAACUGCAGGUCAUGCCAGCGCGGACGCUAUAACCUGUGCCCGAAGAUGAGGUUCCGGAGUAGCGCCAAAUCGGUACCUCACUUCCAAGGAACGCUUCAGGAACGCAUCAACCAUCCUGCAAAAUGGUGCCACAAACUACCUGCUCAUGUGUCCAUGGAAUCGGCUGCGCUUCUAGAGCCUCUUUCUGUCGCUAUACAUGCAACAAGAAGAGCCCAAAUCGAGCAGGGUGACACGGCCAUUGUUUUUGGUGCAGGCACGGUCGGUCUUCUUACAGCUGCGAUGGCCAAGGUGUCUGGCGCCACAACCGUCGUCAUCGCAGACAUCGAUUAUGGACGUAUAAACUACGCCUUGGCAAACGGCUUCGCGCACAAAGGUUACAUUGUGACCCCACACAAUGCGACCGAGACUGCCGAAAAGUUCGCGGUAGCUAAGGAGUUGGCUGCGGAUGUCAUGCAGAUUGCUUCGCAGAAUGAGAUUGAUUUCGAAGGUGCUGACGUUACCUUUGACUGCACUGGAAAGGAGAUCUGUAUGCAGGCUGGGUUAUACGCGACAAGGCCUGGUGGCAAGCUCAUCAUGGUUGGAAUGGGCACGCCAAUCCAAACACUGCCCAUGUCGGCAUCUCAUCUAAAGGAAGUCGACAUCCUGGGAAUCUUCCGUUACGCCAACACCUACCCAACCGGCAUCAAGAUCUUAUCUGCUGGUGUACUUCCAAGUCUCGACAAUAUGAUCACUCACAGGUAUCAUGGAUUGGCAUCGACAAAGGAAGCCUUCGAGCUCGCAGGCAAGACAGUUGACAAGGAUGGCAAGCUCGUCCUCAAAGUUCUUGUUGAGAUGUAGGAAACUCUUGGUCUACGAAUGACUGAAAACAUGUACAUUCGCUUUUUCGGGUAUGUAUAACGACAUGAUAGAAACGACUUAGAAGAUGGACUGGAAGACAUCGA